UGCUUAUUGAUAAUAGUGUUGAAUUAGGGAUAUAUUGCACUGGAACAGGUUGCCCAGAGACUGUGGAUGCCCCAUCCCUGGAGGUGUCCAAGGCCAGGCUGGAUGGGGCCUUGAGCAACCUGGUCUGGUUGGAGGUGUCCCUGCCCGUGGCCAGGGGGGUUGGAACUAGAUCAUCCUUAAGGUCCCUUCCAACCCAAACCAUUCUAUGAUUCUCUCUCUAUAUAUAUUUAAACUUUUUUUUUGGUAUGAGGAGGAACAGUUUCACCAGAGCUGGAGGGGCAGUUGUGCAAAAUGAAGUGGUGUGAUGCUGGUGCCUUUAGGCUUUGUAUAGAAUGUGUCAUUUCUAAAAAGGGGCUGCCUGAUGAUGGUUUCCCCAUAUUGAGAAGCAGUUUCUGUUAUGCGUGAAGACAACCUCCAGAAGGCCGGGUGGUCACCUGGAGUGUGUAAUAGAUGCCCAAGGAACUUUUGUCUCCAUUACACUGCGAUGCCAAACUAUGCAGAGUUCAGGACCUAGAAGGAACAGGCAAUCACUGGAGUAAUCUGAAAUUCUUGGAUUUUGCACAUUUUGAUCCUCAUGACAGCAGCACAAGCAAGAUCUUAAAUGGAUAGAACUGUCACAAUGUUCCGCUAUUUUUCAAACUAUAAAUGUAUAGGUUGCAAAUGUGUAAAAUGGCUAUGGUUUUAGUGCCAGAACACGCUAUAGGAAUAAACACAGGAAAUGAGGCCUUAGUUUAAAGCAUGCUGAAAGAGCGUAUUAAUUUUUAAUUAAUAUUAGCUUCUAGUUUCAACAAGUUGAAUGUAGAUGUUGGUAUAAUCUAGGUAAUUAACAGUAAGAGAUGCUAACCUGUGGUAAAAAUACUCUUGUUUUAGCCUGUAAUGUAAGGAUCUAGUAUUCCCUCUGUGCAUUAAUGUACAAAGAUAAUGAAGAGAUUUCCCAUUUACUAUCUUUUAUCUAAAACGCAUAUAUUAAAUUGCAUUAAUCUUCCCUCAGAGGUGAUACAGUCCAUUGUUUUUGUCAUUUAUACAUUCUUUGUAAUUUGUCAAUGUUGCUGUUUCUUUUAUAGUCGAAUGAAGGAAAACUCUGCACAGUACUCCCAAAUGUGAGAUGAGCAAAGCUGGUGUAAAGAGGAAGUAGUGCCUCUCUGGCUUUAAAAAUCAAACCCGAUGUGUACAUGACUUGUAUAUACAACAGUUGCUUCUCUUGAAAUAGACAAGAGUUCGUACUAACACACACAUUGCCAGGGAUGGCUCAGGGACGAAAUAUGCCAUCUUUUUUUUUUUUUCCCCUAAGUCUGAUAUCUUUUACUCGUUAUGUUUUUACACACAUCCUUCACUUUGCAGCCUCUCGAAACCAUCAGUAUUUUUCUGUAUAUUUCCCACCUUUUUUUCAGCAGUCUCGUUGGUGAAUAACUACGUAAUUAUGUCCUGUUUCUGCUCUCACGGGAUGAAAUUGUGAAUAGGGGGGAGCUGCAUUUGCAAAAACAACCAGAAUGAAUAGAAGUAAAAUGCUUUCUGUGGGGACUUCUGCUUCCGAUGCCAGGACUCUUCAGAAGGCUUACUUUGUUGCUUGGCUUAAAGGAAGAUGAUGUCGUUAAUGAAUUAUGAGCAUCCUUCAGGAGGCUGGUGACCCUUCUGUCAUUGGUAAAUGCUGUCAUGGACAACUUUAAAGGCUCUUUUCCAAAACACCACAAGCAGUUAAUGCGCUUUAUAAAGGACUCCUGACCUUUUGCAUCUUCCUAAGUCGUAUCUAGAUGUCACCAGUGUUUCCCAUGUUAACAGUUCUGAGCAUGUUUUACUAUAUGUGCCUUCGGCGCCGAGCUAGGACAGCGACGAGAGGAGAAAUGAACAGCCGGAGGGCUAUUGAAUCGAACACCCGAGCCUUACCUAUCAACGUGGAAAUAGUUCAGUACGCCAAAGAAGUGUUGGAUUUCAGCUCUCACUACGGGAGCGAGAACAGCAUGUCGUACACCAUGUGGAAUUUGGCAGGUAUUCCAAACGUGUACCCUAGUUCGGGUGACUUCACUCAGACUGCCGUCUUUCGGACGUACGGGACCUGGUGGGAUCAUUGUCCCAGCGCUCGGCUGCCGUUCAAGAGGACACCACCCACCUUCUGUAGCCAGGACUACGUGGAGCUCGCUUUUGAGGAACCGGUUUAUCCCACCGCAGUGCACAUUCUGGAAACCUAUCAUCCUGGAGCUGUAGUUAGGAUUUUGGCGUGCUCUGCAAAUCCUUACUCACAAAAUCCACCAGCUGAAGUAAGGUGGGAAAUCCUUUGGUCCGAGGCACCUACAAAGGUGAAUGGUCCUCAGGCUCGGCAAUUCACACCUUGUAUCAAACAGAUAAACUUCCCCACAAACUUAAUCCGACUGGAAGUGAACAGCUCUCUUCUGGACUAUUACACGGAGUUGGAUGCAGUGGUACUACACGGUGUGAAAGAGAGGCCUGUGCUGUCACUGAAGACUUCCAUGAUUGAUAUGAACGAUAUUGAUGAAGAUGAGGAUGAAGAAAAGUAUGGCUGUGGAAUGGACACCCUUAAUAAGCAGUUCAGCAUUGUUACCCUCAGGGAAUGGCCGACUAAUGGAUAUUUUGAUAAACUGCCUUAUGAGCUCAUCCAGUUGAUUUUGAGUCACCUUACAGUACCAGACCUGUGUAGACUAGCGCAAACUUGUAAGCUACUAUAUCAACAUUGCUGUGAUCCUCUACAGUACAUUCAUCUCAGUUUACAACCUUACUGGGCAAGGAUUAAUGACACAUCCCUGGAAUACCUACAGUCUCGCUGCACUCUCAUCCAAUGGCUGAAUUUAUCUUGGACUGGAAACAGGGGAGCCAUCUCUGUUUCUGGAUUUAGCAGGUUCUUGAAAGUUUGUGGCUCUGAACUAGUACGUCUUGAGUUGUCUUGUGGCCAUUUCCUCAACGAAACGUGCUUGGAGGUCAUUACUGAAAUGUGUCCAAAUCUUCAGGAAUUAAAUCUGUCAUCUUGUGAUAAAAUACCACCUCAGGCUUUCAACCACAUAGCCAAAGUGGGCAGCCUAAAGCGUCUCAUUCUCUACCGAACAAAAGUGGAGCAAACAGCCCUGCUCAGUAUUCUGAACUUCUGCUCGGAGCUGCAGCACCUCAGCCUGGGCAGCUGCGUCAUGAUUGAAGACUACGAUCUCAUAGCGAGCAUGAUGGGAGCAAAAUGCAAAAAGCUUCGCAGUCUGGAUUUGUGGCGAUGUAAAAACAUCACUGAAAGCGGAAUAGCAGAACUGGCUUCGGGCUGCCAGCUUUUGGAAGAACUUGAUCUUGGCUGGUGCCCGACGUUACAGAGCAGUACGGGCUGUUUCACAAACCUUGCCCGUAAACUCCCAAACUUGCAAAAGCUCUUUCUUACGGCCAACAGGUCUGUGUGUGACACAGACAUUGAGGAGCUUGCUGCCAACUGCACGCACUUACGGCAGCUGGAUAUAUUGGGAACGAGGAUGGUGAGCCCUGCAUCUUUAAGAAAAUUGCUAGAGUCUUGUAAAGAUCUUUCUUUACUCGACGUGUCCUUCUGCUCGCAAAUUGAUAAUAGAGUUGUCCUAGAACUGAAUGCCAACUUUCCUAAUGUGUUCAUAAAAAAGAGUUUCACCCAGUGACUCACUACAUAUGCUGCUGUGGAAUUCAUUUGAUGGAGUUGUUUCCUGUGAAUUUGUGCUGACUCUUUUUAAGAAGAAUAUAGGUCCCCUAUGAAAUAGUGGAAAGUAUUAAUUAUCUACACAAAUGGGUAAAAUAGAUUUAAAUAUAUUAUGCAUUUCUUAAAGAGUUGAUAUUGUACCUAAGAAUUUAUUUACUCUGUGUUAGUUGGUGGCACUGCAUGUUUUUAAAUGCCAGCCAUAUGUGCGGCUUUAAUGAGAAGAAAAUGAAAAAUAUCUUCUUAAAUGUCCCUUUAUAGGGUGUUACACACAAUAAACUAUGUUAAUAUCCAGGUGAAAGCAGAAGCUCAAUAUUUAGCAGUAUGAAAAAGAUGGGUGCUUCCUUUUUUUAUGUAUAUGUGUUUGUAUGUGUAUAUAUAAAUGUAUACAGAUGUAUUUGUAUAUACAUACACGGAUACUGUAGCAUUCUAGUUUGGCCUGCAGCAUAAGAUGUUAUGAUCUGGCCUAUAAUUAGUUGUUUGAAAACCUGUUUACGCUUGUAUAAGAAUGGA